CCGAGCACAGCGUAUUUGUUUGAUCCGGCGUCCUGUCGGGACAGACAAUUCACACAAAAGUGUUCAGAGUUCACUAUUCUUUUCUCCCUUCACUCCAGGUUGUGUUAAAAAUGUCAGAGUUUCAGGAUAUUUCAGGUACUUUAUAUCAGAUUUCUUCCCAAGAAAUGCACUGUAUUGCCACGGACACAUGGACAAAUAAUUCAGAUAUUUCUGAAUCAAUGGACAGCGGUCAUCCAUUGCUUUCUGCUGAUAUCAGGCAGAUAUUGGUGAGUAAAGAAGAGCCUCUUGAUGAGCAGGGAUGUAGCCCCAGCCUGGAUCAGGAGGACACCAAGCCCCCACACAUUAAAGAGGAACAGGAGGAACUGUGGAUCAGUCAGGAUGCAGAGCAGAUUCAAGGGCAAGAGGACACUGAUAUCAAGUUCCCAAUCACUGUGAAGAGUGAAAAUGAUGAAGAGACCCCUCAGUUCUUGCCACUUGAAAAAAUAAAACCUGAACAGAUGGAAACAGGAGCUGAUGGAGAGGACCUUGGAGGGUCAGAGCAAGCCAGGAACUCAGAUUCAGAGAGAGACCUACAUCCAGAGAUUGAGGUCACAAUUGAAGAGUCUUCUGAACCCGAAGCCGAAGACUGUAACAACGUGAAGUGCACAACAGUGUAUCAGUCAGGCUUAAAGUCGGUGGAAAGACUUAAAGAUCAGGGACUACAGAAUAUUGAAAAAAUGCAUAGAUGUACUGAGUGUGGUAAAAUAUUCAAAAGGAAAAGUUAUCUAACUGUACACAUGAAAAUUCAUACAAGAGCCUGCUCUAAGAGUGGUAGACCAUCUAGCAUAAAUGAACGUUUGGCACAACAUAGAAGUAAGAUGUUGAAGAAAUCAUUCAGCUGCCCUAAGUGUGGCAAAACUUUUAAUUGUAAAAGCCAUGUCAAGGUUCAUUUGAGAACUCACAAAGGGAAAAAACCUUUCAGUACAUCUAAAUGUGACAAAAGAUUUAGAUAUAGAGGUCAUCUGACAGAUCACUUAAGAACUCAUACAGAGGUGAAACCCUGCAGAUGCCCUGAGUGUGGCAGAGGAUUUAGACAGAAACGUUAUCUGAGAGAACAUUUGAAAACUCACAAAAGAACGACACCCUUCAACUGCUCUGAGUGUGGCAAAAGUUUUAUAUAUAAAAGUGUUUUUAAGGCUCAUUUGACAAGUCACACAGGAGAGAAACCCUUCAGCUGCUCUGAUUGUGGUAAAAGAUAUCGAAAGGAACAAAGUCUAAAAGAGCAUUUGAUAAUUCACACAGGAGAGACACCCUUCAGCUGCCCUGAGUGUGGCAAUAGAUAUAGAAAGAAACGCCAUCUGACGGAGCAUUUGACAACUCACACAGGAGAGAUACCCCAUAGCUGCCCUGAAUGUGGUAAAAGGUUUAUCCACAGGGACACCUUUACCCGACAUAUGCUCAGCCACACUAGAGGCAAACUUUUUAGCUGUCCUGAGUGCAAUAAAGCUUUUGAUCGUAAAGAACACCUGACUGCACAUAUACGCAUCCACACAGGAGAGAAACCUUUUGUUUGCUCUGAGUGCAAUAAAGAGUUUGCUCAGAAGGAAAUUUAA